AUGGAUAUUAAUAUCGAUAUAUUAAACAGCAAAUCGUUAUCAAAAUUUGUUGAAAUAGAUGUUGGCGUUUUGGGAACCGGCUGUUUGAUCGACUAUAAGGGCCAAACAGUUGUCCUAACCAACGAACAUGUAGUCCAAAAUCAAUGGCUGGCUUUGGUAACGUUAAACGAUUCGUCGGGCGACUACCUAUUCGGAGAGAUUAUAUAUGCCGAUCACAUCCACGAUUUGGCACUUAUUUCGGUUGACUUUGAAGGUACUAAUGCCACGAUAUUUACAGUGGCCAAUACAUUGCCCGAGUUUGGCGAUCCAGUGAUAACAUUGGGUUAUCGUAGCGCAUACCCGGCCUAUAACAUAGGUUACGGUGUGGUUACUUGUCCGCAAAGUUUGUCACUACAUAGUGAAGCAAAGCUUUACGGCAUUCACGAUAUAUCAGUCGAUCCGGACGUACCGCUCAUCGAAACCACUGCCGCCCAAUAUCACGGGUUUUCCGGUGGACCACUUGUCGACAAAAUGGGACAGUUAUUGGGCAUUAAUACCAUUUCUCGGUGGAAAUAUACACACCAUUAUUCAUCGGCCAGUACUCAUAUCGAUAAGUUUAUUGAAAAAGCCAUACAAUUUGGUAACAAUGAAUUGCAACGACGGGAUAGAGAGCAUCAAGUGUUGAGAUUAGGACUGUGUCUCAAAUGGAGUUCCCGACAAAAGGGCUGUACUGUCAUCGAUAAGCUGAUUGAAACUAACGAAAACUCCAAUAUAAAUGUUUUCGACACUAUUGUCGAAAUUAAUGGCAAACCAAUUGAAUCGUUAAAUCAUUUUAUUGAUGAACUCGACAAUUGUGUCGACAAUACGGAUAUAAAUGUUAAGAUUAGUGGCGAUUUGCAAACAUUUGCCAUAAAAACCAAACCACUUGAUCUGGUAAUUGUCUAA